AUGGUCAACAGCUCUGGGCCCAAGCACCACAUGACUGCAUUCCUGCUGCGGUGUGCCCUGCUCUCAGGAGGCAAGCUGGUGGUCAUGGCACAGCCUGGACUGCCCAUAGGAACCCCAGGCCAGUCUCCUGGCAGCUUCCACCACAGCCUGAGCUCUGUGCCCCCGAGAGCCACCCCAACCUCAAGUCUGCAAACGCCAUGUCAGAGGCAAGCAGCUACAGCUGUGAAGCCCCAGAAAGAAGCUGUUAAGGCUGGGAAGGGCUCCAGAAAGGCCAAGACAAAGGCUGUUUCCUGCUUGCAGAGAGCCAGCUUGCAGUUCCCAGUGGGCCGUAAUCAACAACUGAAAUCCAGGACCACCAGUCCUGGACAUGUGGGCACAACUGCCACUGUGCACGGUGUACAUGCAGCCACCCUGGAGUGCCUCACCGCAAAGGUACCUGAACUGGCAGGAAAUGCAUCAGAAGACUUAAAGGUCAAGUGUGUGACUCCUAGUCACUUGCAACUUGCUACUGACAGAUCUGAAGAGUUGGAUUCUCUUAUCAAGGCUACAGCUGCUAGUGGCGGUGUCAUUCCACACACCCACACAUCUCUGACGGGGAGAAAGUGUAACAGAAAACUGUCUAAAGGAAGCCUGGACUCCCUUGCUCCCUCAGGACUCCAAACACUCUACCAGUGCCCAGUGCUACUGAUUACAGUAGACUGCACCUCUGUGAAAAACUCAAUUUUGCCAUUUUGUAAUUCUAUUUGA